AGCAAGCUGUUGGGAAACAGACAAGAUUUAGUAGGUUCUACAGCGUUUUUGCGAGGAUCGCAGUUAGCAUGAAGACCGUAGCGGUGUUUCUGUUGUUCCUGGCCGGUACCUGGGCCCACAUGUGUCUGAUCAGUCCUCAUCAGCGGGGGUCGAUGACAGGCAUAAACAAACCCGGAUCUCCUGACUGUGGCCUGACUAGUGGACCCUGUGGACAGAGGCCAGCUCCCCCCAAAAAGGCAACUAUAGCCUUUCUGACAGGGACCAGUCAAACCGUGACGAUACAGAAGAACCUGGAUCAUUAUAACCCAUCAUCUCCGGGAGAGUUCACUAUCAGUUUCCGGGCAGGCAGAACGGGGAAAUUCACACCGCUGGAAAAGAUACCCGACAAUGGUGAACCGUCCCUUACCCUGUACUCUGUCAACAUCACCAUUCCUAAAUUUACAGGGGCCCUCAUCAAUACCAUACAGGUGGCGUACAUAACACGGAACCCGCAGGCCGCACCCGUCUACUACCAGUGUACAGACUUCUACAUCGACUAUCCGUAGGAGGAUAGAGACGCUUCGUUCUGGUGAACAGUCGUUUCCUUUUGAUGCAGACGUCGCCUUUUUACGUUCUACUUUCAUCACAAUCUAAAUAUCUCUAAGACUGAUACAACCUUGUUUAUAUUGUAGGGAGUCAAUCUUCUUCUUAAGAGAGUAUUACAAUUUCAUUUCUACUGCCUGAAGUGUCUUAGCAUGAAAGUGUCAGUGUUUGCAAUUUUAGUAAAGUGUUAGCAACCUUUCAAUAAUGAAACUUCUUUGGGCGAGUUUGCAAAGUCAACAAAUUCAUGUUAUUGACUAUGAAUAUUGUCGAGAUAGCGAUGCUGGAAGAAUACACUCGAUUGAUUUAAAAAAAAGGAGAUCACUGUUAUAGUCUUACAUUUCCAUUGGUAAAAUAGCAACUUACACUUAAGGUGUGUUUAUAUAUUAUCAUCUAUGUAGAUAUCCGUGGGGUUCCGUUGGAUGAAUGGUUAGUCUGUCUGGCCCAGAUUCCAACGGUCCCAGGUUUGAAUCCCCUGACAUGUCACCGAUGUUGUGAGUGUGGUAAUGGGACAGCUAUGUUGUAAAAAUGGGUACCUGACUUCGGUUGGGGAGGUAAAAGGGCUAGGUCGUGGAAAGAGAGGUAUGGGCUCCAUAGAUAACACAAUUGAUAGCAACUCACUGCAGCUAAGGUUUAGAAAAAUAAAUGGGACUACCAUUGCAUCUGCCUUUAUAGAUAUUAGUUGACAUAGUAAAUACCAUUAUUUUUUUAAUUAGAUGUAUGGCAUAGUCCGUAUUUUAAAGAAAACGUCAUGCGACGUCUCCAAGAUUUACUGUGCACAUUGCCGCUUUCUAUGUAUCUAAAGAGUUGAAUUAUAUGAUUGAAAAACCA